UUAUAAAAAAUUUGAGGUCAGAGCUGGGUUUCCUUCGGCCACCAGAAGAGAAGAGAACCGGUAUGGGGUCUUACAACUCAAACUACCUACGGUUGCUUUCUUACACAAAGCAAUUAACCUUUUAUGUGAACCAUGGCAACCACGAGCAGGCUCUUGCUCUUUUCCACCACAUGCAGGCCUCGCUCGCCCUUGGUUUAGACGCCCACGUCUUCUCUCUCACUCUUAAGUCCUGCACCGCCAUCCAACGACCCCAUUUGGGCAUUGCCAUUCACGCCCAUGCCGCUAAGUCCUCCCUGCUCUCAAGCCCAUUUGUUGCUUCUGCGCUAGUUGACAUGUACGGUAAAUGCAUCUCGGUAUCACUCGCACGAAAGCUGUUCGAUGAAAUCCCCCAGAGAAGUGUCGUCGUGUGGAAUGCCAUUUUAUCACUAUACGCGCACGCAAAUAUGUUAUCUGAUGCUUUGCGGUUGUUUGAAGCUAUGGAUGUGCAACCAAAUACUUCGUCUUUCAAUUCAAUUAUAGCCGGGUUGUCGGAAUUGGAAGAUGGAUUCAAGGCCAUUGCUUUCUACCGAAAAAUGCAACAAUUUGGGUUGAAGCCUAAUCUAAUUUCCCUUCUUGCUUUAUUGCCUGCAUGUGUUGGAGUGGCCGCUUUGGACUUGAUCAAACAAAUUCACGGUUUUGCUAUGAGAAGUGACAUCAGUAGUCAUCUCCAGUUAGGCAGUGGCCUUGUUGAGGCAUAUGGACGAUGCGGAUGUCUCUCUUAUGCACACAACGUGUUUGAUAGUAUGAAGGAAAGAGAUGUAGUAGCAUGGAGCAGUUUGAUAUCAGCACAUGCUCUUCAUGGGGAGGCCAGAACUGCUUUAAACAUUUUUCAACAGAUGGAGUUGGCUGAAGUACAUCCUGACGAGAUUACGUUCAUUGGGGUGUUGAAAGCUUGCAGUCACGUGGGGUUAGCUGAUAAAGCUUUGGAUUAUUUUAGUCGUAUGCAGAGAGAUUAUGGUCUAAAAGCGAGCAGCGAUCAUUAUUCUUGUCUAGUAGAUGUAUUGGGCAGAGCUGGGAGAUUGCACGAGGCAUUUGACAUCAUUCGUGAGAUGCCGGUGAGGGCGACGGCUAAAGCUUGGGGCGCCCUUCUUGGGGCUUGUCGAAUUUAUGGAGAGUUAGAGCUGGCGGAGAUUGCAGGGAAGGCUUUGUUUGAGAUAGAGCCUGAGAAUGCUGCCAAUUAUGUCCUGUUGGCUAAAAUGUUUGCGAGUGUAGGGAGGCAUGAGGAGGCUCAAAGA